AAACGAGGUUUUUGUUUUGAAAGGAAGUACAAAGCCACAAAGUGAGGUUAUUUUAAAAAUUAAUAUUAAUAAAAACAACAUAAAUUUAUAAUUUUAUAGAGUAAUUAAGAAUAACUACUAAGUAACGAUAAAAAAUUACCUUUUAAUAGAAUUACUUCUUUAAAAGCACGACUUUUAUGAACGCAAGACAAAUAACGAUGAUUUUUUUAAAGGCUUAAAAAUUGAAUAUUUUGAAAAUACAAUUUGAAUAGUUCUGUAACUGUAAAUAUGCAAGUAUCAGAAAUAGAUAAUGUUAAAAUUUAUAAUCUUAGUGCAGGAAAGGCUCUACCAGAAUGGUUAACAGAAAGAAAGAAACGCACACUCUUGAAGAAAAAUGUAGAUCUCAGGAGAAGAAUUGAACUUAUUCAAGAAUUUGACAUGCCUGGUGUCAGUACUAGUCUGCGGGUUUCUAAGGAUGGACAAUAUAUCAUGGCCACAGGGAUUUAUAAACCAAGAAUAAAAUGCUAUGAUGUAAACAAUUUAUCACUUAAAUUUGAGAGGUGCCUAGAUUCAGAGGUUGUAACAUUUGAAAUUCUGAGCGAUGAUUAUUCUAAAAUAGUUUUUUUACAAUGUGACCGUUAUGUUGAGUUCCAUGUGGGACAUGGUCGGCAUUACCGGCUCAGGGUGCCUCAUUUUGGUAGAGAUAUGAAAUACCAUCGACCAUCAAGUGACCUUAUUGUUGUAGGAUCCUCAAAUGAAGUAUAUAGGUUAAAUUUGGAAUUAGGUCAAUUUUUAGCUCCUUAUGUGACAAAAGCAACUGAGAUAAACUGUUGCAGUGUAAAUGAGGAGCAUGGUCUACUUGUGUUUGGCACACAGAGUGGUCACAUUGAAGCUUGGGACCCUCGCACUAAGUCUAGACAGGGAAUAUUAGAUUGUGCAUUACAUUGUUCAGAUACAGACUAUAAAAACAACAGCGUCCCAGCUAUAAGUGCCUUAAAAUUCAAUGGAGCGUUAGAGAUGGGCGUAGGCACAUCAUCAGGCCACAUCCUGAUAUAUGAUAUAAGAUCCAGCAAGCCUCUUCUGGUUAAAGAUCACAUGAACGAAAUUCCUAUAAAAUGUAUAGAAUUCCAUAAACAGAUGAAUUAUGUUUACUCUAUGGAUGCUAAUGUUGUCAAAAUUUGGGAUAAAUAUUCUGGAAAACAGUACACCAACAUAGAAUCAUCGGUAGAUUUCAAUGAUUUAUGUGUGAUUCCAAAUACAGGGCUAACUAUGAUGGCAGUGGAGGAUCAAAAAAUGCAAAUUCACUAUGUACCAUCAUUAGGCCCGGCUCCCAGAUGGUGCGCCUUCCUCGACAACUUGACUGAGGAGAUGGAGAGUUCAGCCUCGCAGACAGUAUAUGAUGACUACAAAUUCGUGACCAAACAAGAACUUGAAUCUCUCGGCCUGGAUCAUUUACUUGGCACAAACUUGCUGAGAGCCUACAUGCAUGGAUAUUUUGUGGAUGUGCGAUUAUAUAAGAGAGCAAAAUCGAUCGCUGAUCCGUUUGCUUUUGAAGAAUACAAAAAACGCAAAAUUAGGGAGAAAAUUGAACAAGAAAGACCGUCGAGGAUCAAAGUUGAAGACAACUUGCCCAAAGUCAACCGAGACUUGGCGUCUCGCCUCUUGGAGACUGACACGCGGAAGAAAAAGCAGUCUGCUAAUUUACUUAAAGACGAUAGAUUUAAGGCUCUGUUUGAAAACCCCGACUUCGAGGUGGAUAAAUCGGCCGACGAGUAUCGCUUGCUUAAUCCUGUACUGUCGCGACUCGACAAGAGCAAAGAGAAGCCAAGAGCGGAGGCACAACAUAUGGAGACUGAGGAAGCAGAAGACAAGGAUUCCGAUCGCGAGUUGUAUGAGUCCAGCAGCGACAGUUCUGACGAUGAACGGACGUGGGCAAAAGAUGUCAAAAAACAACACAAAAUCAUUCGACGCCAAAAACAAGACGAGGACGAAGAUGUUAAUGAUAAUGAUGAAAAAGUAUACGAAUUCAACAAAGCCCCUAGAACUACUAAUAUUAGAAGUAUUGUUCAAGUGAGCAAAAAGAGUUUAGGAGACAGACUAGCUAAAGAAGGCUCGGCUGUGGUGGCUAGCGUAGGUGGAAACAGAGAAAUGAAGUUUUCCAUGAGAGAUAAGAAAAGGCCGUCGGAAAUUCAGAAGAAAAUGAAAAAGCACCACGAGGAAAGACGACAGAUAGUAAGACGAACUGGGUAUUUGACUAAAAAGAAACUGCCUAAAAUUAAAGAUAUGAGCAAUAAAGUGGCUAAUGAGCUUUUAUUUCAAUGCAUAGCUAGUGAUCUUCUGGAUAGCCAUGCACUAGGCAACGACAAGCUGUGUGUGCCAGCUAUGGAGAGAUCCACUAGAUCUAGUCUUGACGUCAAUAGUGUUGAAAUCGGUGAAAUAACGGAAUCGCCUGAUACUGAGUAUAUGAGCACAUCUGCUAUUUUGCACUAUUGCAAAUCAAAGAUUUUACUUCCGUAUUUAAAACUUCUUACUAUAAUGGGAUUGAGGCCAGUGGUGGAUGCGUCCAAUUCAUCGAAAUACGCAAUAUGUUUUUCACAUUUUCACUCUGCUCAGGUAGCAGUAUUUAUGUUUCUCGGAUAUAUUCUCCAAUACAUGGCAUGUUUCAGACGAGACAGAGGCUUUUGUUAUAAACUAGUCCCCAUGGCGCUCAUGUCGUCAGUAGAAUACGACGCCUACAAGGAAGUGUGUUACGGUAACGUCGCCUUCACAUACAUCGGGCCCAGUGUACUGCAUUUUGCAGGGUUUUUGUACGCGUUGUAUCUCUUCAGAAUAUCUGACAAUGAACAGUUACAAAAUCUUAUGGAAAGAGUAUUCCUGUUAUCUUCAUACACGCCCCAAGGUACGCCCACAGCAAAACCCAAACGUUUGCUACGGACGCUCUGGCUCUUCAUCAUUCUGAGCGUUCUGUGGAUGUGUAUAUCUUUAGUGUCCGUCAAUCUGAUGUUGGCCAAAGGGACGAUUAUUUUCAGAUGGAUGGAAUCGUGUUCGGACGGCACGUUGCUGGGGCUGAAGAUUCUCCUCAUAGUGUGCACGUUGAUCCACGACAUGGUGCAGGCCACCGUCAUCUCCAGCUAUUGUCUGCAGGCGCAACUCCUGCAGGCACACCUCAUGUUUCUGAAGGAACGUCUUCUGAAUAGAACUAUUACACCAUUGAAUUGGAUGAGGGAAAUAGCCGAAUUCCGAAAGCUGCUGAAAUAUCUAAACAACGACUUGGCACCGGCCGUCUGUUUGUUUACAAUCGUCAACAUAUCCUGGGCGGUGUCGGGCAUCAUGUGGCUCCUGAACCUGGACAAAGUGGACAGCGGCACGGAACCCAUCGCAACCCUCAGUGUUCUCAAUCAACUGCUUUGGAUAUCAGCAGUCUUGGUUCCCUUCAUUCAGGCCGCUCGUCUAUCAAAGGAGUGCCGCCACACGCAGUCGGUGGGGCACGAGCUGUGCGCGCGGCCCUUCCUGCACCAGGACACGGCGCAGGAGGACAUCAACACCGUGCUGGCCUUCGCCACCUCGCUGCGCCUGCGCGCCAAGCUGUUCCACUGCCCCGUGGCAGGCCGGUACCUCUGUCUGCUCACCACCCUCACGCUCAUCGUGCUCUUCGCGUUAGGGAUGUGCCAUUAUUUGCAAUAAUUUUAAUAAAAAAUAAUAAUUUAGUCUAUGCUAUUUUUUGUAAAUAGAAUUUUUAUGAAAGCGUA